CACAUACUGCUCGCACAUAGACGACACACGCACGUGCGCAGCUGCGGCGUAUUUCUUCUUCACCUCCUUCCCGGUCAAAAGAGAGAAAGAAUGGCGGCCAGGCUCAGAGAGGGAGCACCGGCGGGCGCUCUCCUCGUGGUGGCGUGCCUGGUUCUUGCGACGGCGGCGGCCGUGAGUGGCGCCAGGCCGCUCGCGGUGCGGGAGGAAGGCGGCACUCCGCGUGCGGUGACGGUGGAAUCGCCGGCAGGCGAUGCUAUCCAGACGGUGGCGAGGGCCGUCGAGCGCAGGUUAUUGGUCGACGUCGGCAUGCUCCUCGGGAUCAAGGACUCCGGGCCCAGCCCCGGCGCCGGGCAUUAAGCGCCGGACAUGCCAUCCCAUGCCACGGCUGCCAUUGGAACUCGGGAGGAGGCGUAGGAUGAUUCAUGGUUUCAUGAUUGUUUCUUUAGUUCUUUAUUCAUGUACGUACACGAGUAACGGAGUAAGCACCAUAGUUUAGUGUCUUAUAAGUGUCUGAUUUUGCAGUGCAAUUUAAAGCAUUUUUUUAUAUCAGAUGUACUAGACAUGGAACACUUUCUUUGAGUCAGCAAGUUAUGAUGAUGAAACUUAUC